AUGGUUGAUGUUCUCUAUUCACUCGUGGAUGUUACUCAACGUUUUGAUCAAUUAAUAUUUGAUCCAUUUUAUAUUCAUAAUCUUGAUAUGACUUCUAUGAUGAUGAUGAAAUCAUUUUAUAAUUGGAUCUAUUCAAUAGAAGAUAAAGUUCUUGAUAGAAUAUGUAAAAAUAUUUUACCUCGAGUUCAUUAUCAAAUAAAUGAACUUAUUAUUGAACAAAAUUCACUCGAACGUGUUCUUCAUACUAUCGAUUAUCCUCAACUUUACUCUUUAUUACUUAUGGAUCUUACAGAAGAAGUUCUUCUCAAAUACUUAACAGUUGAAGAUAAUACAACUCUUCGAAGACUUCUUAGUGAACAAAUUACAUGUCUUAAACUUGUUUUUAAAUAUGACACAACACUAUCAAUUUCUGGAACUUCUUCAAUUAUAUUUGCGUUGAUUUUAUCUCUAUGUAAACGAUUAGUCAAGUUAAAUUUUUAUGAAUUCUUUGAGCGAUCAAUAAUUUGUACUUUUGAGAUAUCAUCAAUGAAUUGUACAUCGUCAACUUUGACUGAAUUGGUGAUUGAUAUAAAGACUUUCGAUGAUUGUCUUUAUUUACUCGAUGGACGUCUCAACUGUUUAUCAAAAUUGAUUAUUUAUAUCCUAGAAAUUGCAAAUACAAUAGGAACUAUAGAUAACACAAAAAAACUUUCCAAAUUGAAAUACUUUUCAUUAAUGUCGUAUCGACGCACAGUUUGUUAUGAUAAUCUGAUUAUUCCAUUACUGCGACGAAUGAUAAAUCUUGAAGAAUUGAUAUUAUUUUUAUCAAUCAUAACUGAAAAAAAUUAUAUUGAUGGUAUUCAAUUAUAUGAUUCAAUUCUUAUUUAUAUGCCACGAUUAAACAAAUUUAGUUUCAGUAUAGAUACAUACAUAGCGGAACACAAUAUUGAAUUUGCUCUUUCAUCAAAUGAAGAUAUUCAACGUAGUUUCAUUAGAAAAGAAUAUGGAUCAGUUUAUUCACAAGUUGAAAUAUUUCCAAGAGAAUACAAAAGAAGAUGCACCAGUUGGUCACUUCCAUAUAGAUUCGAAAGUGGUUUAUUUAAUAAUGUUCAAUCGUUGAUAAUGGCUGACUUUCGUCCUUUUGAACAUGGUUUCUUCAAAAUCAUCUCUCAAAGUUUUCCUCUAUUGAAAAAGUUGUAUAUACUUAAUGAUGAACCGCAAAAACACAAGCAACAACCGCGAAAAUGUAUAAUAUUUUCUCAUCUUGUUUUGCUGUUCCUUCAUCGUGCUCAUGUAGAUUAUGCUGAACAAUUUCUCUCCGAAAAAUACUGUUAUUUACCUUCUUUAUUGGAUCUUAGUGUUGGUUAUAAAUCCCUCGCACUGGUUACAAAUAAUUUCACCAAUGAUGAAACACGUGUCUCGUGUAGUAAAUUGACCGCUCUUCAUAUUAAGGAGCCGUUUGUACUUCCAAUAAAUUUUCAUGAAUAUUUUCCUUUAUUGUAA